UUGGCUCGGCUUGGGAUACCCACUCAAACGUUAGCGAUUGGUUCGCAAGCAGGUUAUAGAGAAGGUCGGCCAUUUAUGAGCAGAUGGAUUUAUGUUUUCUCUCCUAAUGAUUGGGGUCAUCUAGAGGCGACAGCUCGCUGAUCCAAGAUCUGCAUUGGUGUUCAACUCUCUUGCUGGUGUGAGAAAGCAGAGGGAGACCUGGGAAAGAUGCCAACGGCUAGCGAGAGAAAAAAAGUGACAUUCUCUGAAAUAUCCACCCUCCACGCUCACUGAUUCAUUUAGCUAAACUCCCUCAAACCCCUCCCACCGAGGAGGGAAGAUAUUAUCCCCGAUGGAGGGAGAGGACAAAUUUGCAAAAGGAUGGAGGGAGACGUGGAGAAAAGCAGACAGAAUAAAGAGUCGCCUCUUUGAAGCAAGAGAACUUUUUGAUCAGCUGAUUCCAAAAUAUAGCGAUAUUAAACAAUAUAGAAGUGCUUGCUCACUCGCCAUCUGUCUGUUGCUGCAGAAUAGAAUAAGUACAGCACAAGGGCUGUGUGAGAGCAGACGUCCCUCUGUCACCCAGUGUACGGACAGACGCACUCAUGCCAGUAGGAGGGGAUUGUGGGAAGGAGGUGUAGCUCUCAGAGGGUGUGCUCUACUCCUCUCUUUUCCCUUCUUCCCGCCAUCACGGCCCUCUUCUCCUCCAGUCCUCCGGCCCAGCCCGCCGCUCACGUACAGGCUCCAGGUAUUUUUCUUUUUUAUCCUGCGACACCUCUUCCCGUCUUUUUCACAGCCCUAUAAUCUUUCUCCUCCAGUUCCUCUUGCCCUUUUUUCUGUCCUUCAUCAUGCUAUUUUUCCUGUAAAUGUCUUUUCGUCGUCAGUUGCCACGCUGCACUCCGCUGGCCGCCAUUUUCACUCAAUGGACAUAACAGGAGAAACUUUUCUAGUGCUCGGAGGGACUCCUCGACUCCCUGCUGACCAUCUUCUUUCUCCUGCUUCCAUUAUCUCUGUCCUUGUCCCCACUUCCUCUCCCCUCUGCUCUAGGACAGCAGGCUCUGACAGGCUGGUAAACAGUGUGGCUGUGGCUUUCCGUAUUGAACAGGUGUCUCUUUGUGGACCAGAAAGAGUAAGGACAGGCCUUCUUGGUUACUUUUUGACCUCAGAGGGUCGACUGAGCUGUUGUUGUGUUCAGGUCAAUGUAGCUUGUUUCAAAGGCCAAGUGAGACACUUGGCAUGUCUCUUAUCAUCCAGAUCUGUUAUGAUACCUAAUAUGAGGACAAUAUUGACUUUGUUUUCCUUCACACGCUGUUUGCACUUUCUGCCACUGUUAAAACAUAGAUAUGUGGCAGCUGCUUCGCAGGAACAUGCUGUUUGUGCGAAGGAUUAUCUUUCUUCGAUUUAGAGGUGUGACAGUUUAAAGGUGGCAACUGCCAUGUUUGCCUUGUCACACUGCCUCAUAGACUACUGCAUAUGAUACUUUGCACUUCAGACGCGACUGAGGCAGAAAUGAAACUGAGUUAGGUCAAACAAACAGACAACACUGUCAAGAAAUGUUUAAUGUCGGUUCUUCAUUAGUUCUCUCAGUGUGACCUGUCUGUUGAAAAAACAGAAAACUUAAACAGUAGCAUUUGUCUCAUUGAUGUAUAUCUUACUCAGCACAUUAUUCAUUUUACACUCCGUAUUUUGAUUACAGUCUCAUGUCAGAGGCCAAUAUGCCAUGAAACAAACGCAUCCGAUCAACGCUGCGCUCUCUGAAUUAGAUAAUACAGGAUAUGUAAAUGAAUCAAGCAACAAUUUGAUCUUUUAACCUACUUCUAGACACAAAAUUGAAUACAGAUUGAAUCUAAAAUAUCUGCAUAUUGAAUGUACAAUUAGGACUUUAACUGGACUGCUUAUUGUUAGUACUGUAUCUUGAUCUAAAUACGUUUUGAUGUUAAGAUGGCGUCUCAGUGCCACGUGUUUAGGAAACAGAGAAUAUGGGCAGACCCUUUCAACAUGCCCCUCACAAUUUGUGAAUAUACCACUCCUAAUUCCCCUGCAUCAGCCUCUGUCAUUUAAAAUCAACCAGCUUUUUACAUUCAGCAGCGAAUUAAAAAAGAACCAAAAGAGUCUGUCUACAUGUAUAUCGAGUGACAGUGAGAGGAACAUGUUAAGAAAGAAGAAGCUGUAGAAAAAGAUAGAGAACAAGGGUUACAGAGACAGAAAGAGAGGUAGGAGUGGGAGAGCUCUUUCCCCGCCCCUCUCUUAUCCUCAGAUGAACUUAUCGUGUUGCCUCAUAGUGUUUCUGAGUUUUUCUAUUAGAGGCCGUCAGGCUCACUUCCUGCAUUCAGCCUCAACAUAGCUAAUUGGCUGAUAUCUUGGCUGACUAGUUGCAGUUUGCAGCAAGGCAACAGGAAGUUUCUCUUCUCAUGCAGGAAGCUGCAGCUGUUUCGUCCUGACAUACACCACUUUGCACUCUUGCACUCGUACUCUUUGUAUACAUGCACACAAAUAUGCUAGCACACCCUGUAUGUAUGUAUGCAUGCGCGUGUGUAUGGCCUGUUCUGUGUGGCAUUAGUGAAUGCUCUAACGUGGGCGUGUAGCAACAUGCCAGCCAGGCCAGGCAUCUGAGCCAUCAGAAACAUUUGAAACCAUGGUAACCACACAUCUUAUCAGCACAUUAGCAAAAGCAUAGACAAGUGGAAAAGAGCAGAGGGGACAGAGAUAGUAAAUGAAGGAGAGGAAAAGAACCUUUGAUCUGCAUUUUCUUCAUUCUGAGGUUUUAAAAACACAUCUGGCCAUCUGGGUAAUUGCAGGGUAUACUUUAGCCAAUACACCAGCGACUCAGAAAUGUAUCCCCUAAUAACUCUCAUUCUCUUGAAGAAACCGACUCAUAUGAAUAUGAAAAAAAACAUUCUGUUGUUCUACUGUUGUGACAGACUAACGUGAGAAGUAUAGAUCUUAAAAUUGGAGAUUUACAGUGUAAUGAGUGUGUGCCUGCCGCCUUUUCUUCACAUUAUUAUAUCAUAUCAUUAUUCAACCUAGCUUUACUUAUGUGUGUGUAUCUGGUUAAAAUGAUUGGUAGACACUGUGAUAGUCAACACAAUGGCUCCCUUAUACUCCCGCCUUAUCUGGGUUAGGCUAUCUUUUCAUCAAACACAUUGCCUGGCAUGUUUACCUAGUUCUUAUGCCUGUAAGCCUGACAUUUGUGUGCGCAGACCUCCAUCUUGGAAAACCAAAGUUGAUGGCAAAGGACUAGAAGCAUUUUCAUUUCAUUAACAUUUAGUAAAAUCAGGAUCACAUAGGAUGACCUUCUUUCAUGUGCACAGGUCAAGUAAAUGUGCUGUGUUUACAUGUAUAUCGCGGUGUAUUUCUGUAUACAUGAAUACUCGUGAGCAUGAGCCUUGUGUUGCUCUCGGCUAAUGAGGGUAUACAGAACAUCAGUGCGGGCACAAUGCCAAGUGGGCACGGAAGAGGCUCAGUACUCUCGUCCUUCGUCCUUUUAUGUAGGAAUCAGGCAAUCCUUAGGGAGUGGGGAGGAUGAGAAAGCAGGUAUGAUAAAAUCACCAUGGCGCUCUAUUGAGGAUCAGCCCUCUUAUAUCUGCCAGAUGCCUGGACACAAUUUUUCUCCAGAGUGAGACGGGACACACGUAAGACAAGACAUCCGUUUGCAUCUUUUUACCGAUGGAAAUUCUUCAACCUGCUAUUUGUUGUAUGGCAUACUUUCUGUGUCAACUCCAGCUUCUCCGCCGCUCCUCCUUCUCUUUGCCCACCAUCUCCACCUCCUUCCUCCCUCAUUGAAAUUCUGCCUGGCACAGAGACACUGCCCAUUCUUGGCACAAAGCUCAGAGAGAGAGAGAAACAAGAACCUGUACCAAUCGUGUGGCACGUCCUCCGUUGUGUCUGCCAAGCAUUCAUCCCGUCUCGCGGACCAAGGGACCAAGCUAACCAAUAGGUAUUUCCCUGCCUCGGCUUCCUGCGGAAAUCUGCUCCAAUUUCGAGUUUAGUUGGCAACUGAGUGUGAUGCGUGUGUUCGGGGAUUUGCUGAUUAAUUUGUGUGUUUACGUCGAUUGUAUUGGGUGAGGAAUGAAUCCGACAAAACGGCCUAUUGUUUCCAUGAUCAUUUUCAGCUUAAUUUUCCCAUUGGGUAUGGAUUUGUUAAAGAUAGCGGGGUAGUGGUGGUUUUCUGUGUGCUUUAAUAGCACACAGUAGGUUGAUGUUAGACGUUUGUAAAAGAUGUAAAUAAACACUGGUAAUUCGGUUUAGCAGCAAUUUAGAUUUUGUUCUUUUAACUUCUUUUAACUAAGUUGAUUGUAACUUCUAGUCUUUUGAAGGUGUUCAUUUUUUAAUUUUCUUUAAAGGCACAACUAUUUUAUAGUUGUGUUGGUAUCAUAAAAAUGAAUCGAUUUAAAAAUGGAAUGGAAAGAAACACGUGUAACUGUCACCCAAAGAAAGAUUAACAUACUUAUGCAGGAAAUUGUCUCCAGAAAAACACAUCCUGGUUGGUCACAGCAGUGCAGUAUUGUCAGAGGGAAAGAGAGGACAAGCUCUGUGUUUCUUGGCUCACACAGAAUACUUCUAAUAUAAAUGUACUAUCAAUUGGCCAUAAUUCCGCCGUGGCAGAUGCACAGACAGAUUGUCUGAUAGGCAGAUGAGAUUAACUCCAUAGGCCACAUUUCUUCCUUUCCUCAUCUUUCCUUCAAAAUCCUCUCAGCUGCCCUACUGGCUGGAGGCUCAUUUAUUUUAGAGCUGUUGACAGAGAAAAUGAUUUGCCCCAGCCGAGCCAUGUGUGCCCCUUUUAUGUGCUAUUGACAAAGUCCACGAUCACAGACAACAGCGCCCAACAGAGCUCACAUGACUGACUGAGUGGGGCCUCAGUGCUUCCCAAACAGUCGGGAGUUGUUCAGGGAAUUUAAUGGCAAUUUUGCUAUAAAC